CUCGAUAUGGAGUCCACUCAGGUUGCAGAGAACCUUAUCCCAAACCAGCAGUCCCCUGCUCCUGACCUAGAGGAUCCUGAGGACCGCAGAGAUGAAUCCCCGGAUAGCUCAGACACUGUCGUCCUCAGUCUGUUCCCCUGCACCCCAGAUGCUGGGAAUCCUGAGGCAGAUGCCAGUGCAUCCUCACUACAGGGAAGUUUCUUGAAGCACUCCACAACCCUCACAAACCGGCAACGUGGGAAUGAGGUCUCAGCUCUGCCAGCCACCCUGGACUCCCUGUCCAUCCACCAGCUUGCAGCCCAGGGGGAGCUGAGUCAACUGAAGGAUCACCUGCGAAAGGGUGACAACCUGGUCAACAAGCCGGAUGAACGUGGCUUCACCCCCCUCAUCUGGGCCUCAGCCUUUGGAGAAAUUGAGACAGUACGCUUCCUGCUAGACUGGGGUGCUGACCCCCACAUCCUGGCCAAGGAGCGGGAAAGCGCUCUGUCGCUUGCCAGUAUGGGUGGUUACACGGACAUCGUGAGGUUGCUGCUUGACCGUGAUGUGGACAUCAACAUCUAUGACUGGAAUGGGGGGACACCACUGCUCUACGCUGUGCGUGGGAACCAUGUGAAGUGUGUGGAGGCCUUACUCGCCCGAGGUGCUGACCUCACCACAGAGGCCGACUCUGGCUACACCCCAAUGGACCUCGCCGUGGCCCUAGGAUACCGCAAAGUGCAACAGGUGAUGGAGAGCCACAUCCUCAAACUGUUCCAGAGUACCCUGGGGCCUGCGGACCCCGAGUGAAGACAGCCUGAUGGGAACCCAGGCACUCAGGGACAAACCAGUCAGCCCACGACUGGCUUGGAAGGCAGCUCCUGGACAGUGGUGGGAAGAGCCCUCCCCAACAGGAACCAAUAAAUCUGUGCAGAACUUGAA